AUGGGCGGUGUCCUGGGCCGGCCGCCGGCCUCGCCGCGGUCCCCUCCUGGUCACUGUGACACCCCGGAGGGCCCGGGAGCGCGCUCCCCGCCCCUGUACCGGGUGGGCCGCGUCCAGCAGGUGCUGCGCGCCCAGCAGGUCCUCUGCGCCCACGCCGCCCCACGGCCGCGCCCGGGCCCAGGUCCUGCUCCAGGUCCUUCUUCUCGGGCCGCGGCGGCCAGCGAGGCCAAGCUGCGCCUCCGCCUGUGCCAGGGCCGCGACUCCGCCGCGCGCGCGCUGCCCUCGGCCGGCUUCCUGCGGCGGACCAUCUGGUUCCUGCGCCACCCGCGGACCGUGCCCAGCCCCGUGACAGUCAGGAUCUGCCCCCCUGAGCGCAGUGGGCCCGCGCCCCAGCCAUCGGCGCCUGUGAUCCUCUGCGCGGGGCCCUCGGAGCCCAAGCUGCUCGCCCAGCACGUUCCCGAUGACUCGGACCGGAACGGCGCGCGCACCGCUGCCCGUCCGUCGGCCUUCACGCCCCUGGCGAAGCGGGGCGCCCUCGCCUUCGUGCCCAGGCCCGGGCCCCUACCAGGGCCCCUCGGCGCCGGCGGCCCGCGCUCAACCCCGAAGCCCCCUCGGCGCCAAGAGGAACGCGAUCUACAGCUCCUACAGCUCCACCCGGCCCUGCCCGGCGCCCGCCAGGAGAGGCCUCCCCAGGUUUUCACCCGAGAUCCCACAGUGGCCGCUGAGAAAGAGAGAAAUAGGCCGUCUGCCCCGGUCUGAGAGUCCGCCGGUAGCGCGCAGCGCGUCCUCGGGAACAGCUGGGCUCCCUGGGCCGCACAGUGAGGAGGCCCCGCCUCUGCCGCCCAGUGCUGGGCGCCUGAGACCCCACCUCCCGAGCGCGGCUCCCCCGUCUUUGAUGAAGGCUGGACCUCGGGGAGGAAAGCCGGGCAGGAGGAGGCUGAGGCCUCCGCAGACUCCACCCCCGAGGCCUGGCCUGGCACCGGGCCCUCCCCAUGCAUCGCCCGUCCUCUCCCAGGAACCGCACCCGCUGCUCAGAUCCUCAGCUGGGCAGCCUGGACAACAAGUCUUCGGGCUCGCCCAUGCCCCGGGGAACGCACGGUCAGAGGCCCCUCCCGCCCACUCUCCGGGCUGCAGGCCCGCAGCUGCUCCCUCCCGGCCCGCGGGUUGCCAGGUCUGCCCCGCCCCCAGACCCAUCUGUUGCUGCCCCCUCCUCUCAAAGCACUCCGUUUGGGGUCUGGGGUAGCGGGCUAGCCCAGCGCCCCACCUUUCUGCACCCGCACCUCUCCCUGCAACUUCUGCUGCCUCCUGGUAAGGCCAGUUUUGGGGGCCCGAUCUGGCAGUCAGACUGCAGGCUCAGGUUCUCCGUGUGCCCAGCAGCAGGCGUCUUGACGCCCGCGCUCAGGCCCGGCCCGGCGGCCUGCCGCCCUUAGCCCUACCCUACGCCUGCCGCAGCUGCCGCCUCGCGCCCGAAGGCCCUUGCCGCAGCUCUGGUCGCCCCUGGCCGGAUCCCGUCCACCUCUCCAGCCGGCACAAGCCGAGACCCUGCGGCCCGGCCGCCUCGGGAUUCCAGUAGAGUGUCCCUGGGUUGCUGCCACACCCGGCUUCUCCCCAGACCCCGGCUUCGUUUUCUCACCCCAGCAGCCUCCUUCCAGGCCCGCUGUGCCCAGAGCCACUGUUGGCAGCCAGGUUCCUAGUGCUGUCCAGGUCGUCCCUGUCCGGGGUGUUGGCGAUUUAGAAGCACGGGGAGCCCUGUGUCCCCCGCAGCCCUUUUGCACUCCCACCUGCCUACACUGCCCCUCAGCCCCUCGAGCCUGACUGUUUCCCCAGGUGACGCUCCCCAGCCUGCAUUUGGGGCCACAGAUGGGCAGAGACAAGGUGUCCCCCAGGCAGCUCUUGCCUCAAGCUUCGGUGGCCCUCUCCUUUCUGGGAACUGAGCAGUGGUGCCCCAGCCCCCGGGCUGGACCAGCCCUCAGCAUUUCCGCGCAGGCGGCCCUCGGGGGCGGGGUGCUCUCCGCCUUUGCCUCGCAGGUCCUUGCCAGCAGCCCUCUAGGCUCUGCCUUUGACUGAGAGAGUCCAGGCCCUGGCCUUCAGGUUGCCAC